AUGGCCGAUAUUGAUCAUGAUUUUGAGGGAGGCAGCGCAGGAGCAUCGGAAACCUAUCCCAUGCAAUGCAGUGCUCUGCGAAAGAACGGAUUUGUCAUGAUCAAAGAUCGUCCAUGUAAAAUUGUGGAAAUGAGUACUUCCAAAACUGGAAAGCAUGGCCAUGCCAAGGUGCACAUGGUUGCGAUUGAUAUUUUCACCGGGAAGAAGUUAGAGGAUAUCUGCCCUUCCACUCACAACAUGAAUGUUCCCCAUGUACUCCGAAAGGAUUACCAAUUUUGCGACCUGGAAGAGGAAGAUGACGCUGCCUUCGUUUCGGUGAUGACUGAUGAUGGUUCGAUGGAGAACUUCAAGAUUGACAAGUCGGCUGAAAUCCUGAAAGAAGUGAAGGAUAAGAACGCGGCAUCGGAUGGUAAUUUCAUAGUGACAGUGUUGAAGGCGUGCGGCGAAGAACAGGUCAUUGCGACUAAAGAAAUGACCAAGUAG